AUGACCUACAUGAAUGCGUGGUGGAUUCGGGAUAUUCAUGGAUAUUUUCGGCCCCAGACUGUGGUGACUGAGGUCUUGUCUGGUUGUGCUGUCAUCGUUAGGGGUCAGCCGCGAGGAGGACCCCCUCCAGAACGACAGAUCAACCUGAGUAACAUCCGAGCCGGAGCUCUCGCCCGUCGUGCAGUUCAGGGUCAACCAGACACCAAGGACACACCAGAUGAGAUAGCCAUUAUUGAACAUGUGCGUGAUGGCAGCAUGCUACGGGCACUGCUUCUGCCCGACUACUAUCUGGUGACAGUCAUGCUGUCUGGAAUCAAGUGCCCUACGUUUAAACGGGAGGCAGAUGGCAGCGAGACCCCCGAGCCCUUUGCAGCAGAGGCAAAGUUCUUCACAGAGUCAAGGCUUCUUCAGCGAGAUGUGCAGAUCAUUUUGGAGUCUUGUCCCAACCAGGUCAUUCUGGGGACCAUCUUGCACCCGAACGGGAACAUCACAGAGUUGCUGUUGAAGGAAGGCUUUGCACGUUGUGUGGACUGGUCUAUGGCUGUGUACACCCAGGGUGCUGAGAAACUCAGAGCAGCAGAACGAUCAGCGAAAGAGCGUAAAGUGAGAAUCUGGAAGGACUAUGUUGCUCCCACAGCCAAUUUGGACCAGAAGGACAGACAGUUUGUAGCAAAGGUGAUGCAAGUCAUGAAUGCAGAUGCCAUCGUGGUGAAGCUGAACUCUGGGGAGUAUAAGACCAUCCACCUGUCCAGCAUCAGGCCCCCGAGACUUGAAGGCGAGGAGAAGAACAAGGACAAAGACAAGCGUUUCCGUCCACUCUAUGACAUUCCUUACAUGUUUGAGGCACGGGAAUUCUUGAGAAAGAAGCUCAUUGGCAAGAAGGUUAAUGUCACGGUCGAUUACAUCAGAGCUGCCACCAGUGCCAUGGAAACGGGUGGCAUCCCGGCUUUCCCAGAGCGCACCUGUGCUACAGUGACCAUUGGUGGAAUAAACAUUGCUGAGGCUCUGGUCAGUAAAGGUCUCGCAACAGUGAUCAGAUACCGUCAGGACGACGAUCAAAGAUCUUCUCAUUACGACGAGCUGUUGGCAGCUGAGGCAAGGGCGAUCAAGAAUGGUAAAGGACUUCACAGCAAGAAAGAAGUGCCCAUUCACAGGGUGGCAGACAUUUCAGGGGAGACACAGAAGGCGAAACAGUUCUUGCCAUUCCUGCAGAGAGCGGGCCGCUCGGAGGCUGUGGUGGAGUACGUGUUCAGUGGCUCCAGACUCAAGCUCUACAUGCCCAAAGAAACAUGUCUCAUCACCUUCCUGCUCGCUGGUAUCGAGUGUCCCCGAGGGUCUCGAAACAUGCCAGGUGGGAUGCAGGUGGCAGAGCCGUACAGUGAGGAAGCCACAAUCUUCACCAAAGAGCUGGUUCUUCAGAGAGAGGUGGAAGUGGAGGUGGAGAGCAUGGAUAAAGCAGGAAACUUUAUUGGCUGGCUUCACAUCGAGGGUGUGAAUUUGUCCGUUGCUCUGGUGGAUAACGCCCUGUCGAAGGUCCACUUCACUGCAGAGAGAAGCUCCUACUACAAGACUCUGCUGUCUGCGGAGGAAACCGCCAGACAGAGUAAAGAGAAGCUCUGGGCCAAUUAUGAAGAGAAACCAAAAGAAGAGGUGGCUCAGCUCACAGAGGAGAAGGAACGUGUGGCGAAAUACAGAGCCGUCUAUGUCACCGAGAUCACAGAUGGACUGCACUUCUACGCGCAGGAUGUGGAAACCGGUACUAAGCUGGAGAGCCUGAUGGAGAGCAUGCGUGGAGAGAUUGCUGCCCAGCCUCCGGUGGAAGGAUCCUUUGCCCCGCGCAGAGGGGAUUUCUGCAUCGCAAAGUUUGGUGAUGGAGAAUGGUACAGAGCUCGCGUCGAGAAAGUUGAAUCUCCAGCAAAGGUUCAUGUGUUCUACAUCGACUAUGGAAACAGAGAGAUAUUAUCCUCCACGCGUCUUGCAGCCCUUCCUCCAGCCUUCAGCACGCGUACGCUUCCUCCACAGGCUACAGAAUACACAUUUGCCUUCAUUCAGGUCCCACAGGAUGAAGACGCACGGACCGACGCCGUGGACAGUAUGGUGAGGGACAUUCAAAACACACAGUGUCUGCUGAACGUGGAAUACAGUGGAGCUGUCUGCCCACAUGUCACGCUGCAGUUUACUGACUCGAAAGAUGACGUGGGUCUGGGUCUGGUGAAAGAAGGCCUUGUCAUGGUGGACGUACGGAAAGAGAAGCACCUGCAGAAAAUGGUGACUGAAUAUCUGAAUGGCCAGGAAUCUGCCAAGAGUGCCAGGCUUAACAUUUGGCGUUAUGGAGAUUUCCGUGAUGAUGACGCGGAUGAGUUCGGCUAUCGCCGCUAAGUCGUUGUUCCAAAGACCUUGAGGAAGACAAGAUGCAUUCGAAGAGAACACAAAAAAAUAAAUACAAAUCAUGACAAAAAAAAACACAACAAAAUAUCAGUAUGCUCUUAUUUUUUCUAACGUUGAACAUUUUUCUCUCUCUGUUGUUUUUUUUUUUUAUACUCUGUGCAUAUCCUCUCUUCUGCCCAAGGACUUUGUUUCUUGUCAUUUUCUUCUUUUUUAAAAAAAAAAAACAAGUAGGCUACAGAUAACUCUACCUGUAACUGCUUCAAAUAGGACCAACGUACUUACCUUAAUCUUAAAUUUUGACAUGUUAGCCAAUCAUCUUUUUCAUGUACAUUUUUAGCCAAUCACCAGCUGUCAAACCCCAUCCUAGCAAACCUGAUCUGCCCAAUCAGAUUUCUAUAUUUUGGGGCAAGACUUUUAAAGAAAUGAGGGGGAUGCACAGAGCAACCGUGAACUCAACAGCUUGCUGAGAAAACGCCUCCUUAAUCAUGAGAUUCUAUAUUUCAGUAUAUAUAUGGAUAUUUUGAAGUUAGAUCAGAACUAACCAAGUGAACUUACUGAGCGUAUUUUUAUCUCUCUCUGAUGUGAUCUGAGUGUUCAGUGACAUUUCUGGGCAUUUGUGUAGGACGUGUGUUUUCUCUUUUUCUGUGGCAAAAGAACCGCUGCCAGCACCUUUACAAGCAUCUCCCGGCUUCCUCUGUGAGGUUUACUCAACGGUCAUCGUUUCUUCUUUUCCCGCUCUUGCCCGCCAUACAGAAACAGUAUUUGAAUUUCUUUCUUUCUGAGGUAGACCCUGUCAUUGUAUUUAAAUCUGAGAAAUAAAAAUGAGCAAAGUGC